AUGAUUGGCCUGAUUGUGCUCACAGUCCUGGGAGCUGCAGCUGCAGCCCCUCUGGAUGACAAAAUCGUAGGUGGCUACGAGUGCACCCCUUACACCAACCAAUGGCAGGUAUCCAUUAAUAUCGGCUACCACUACUGCGGCGGCUCCCUCAUCAACGACCAGUGGAUCGUCUCUGCAGCUCACUGCUGGCAAAAGUUUAUUGCUGUUUUGGGUGACCACCACAUCUGGGUACACGAAGGCACAGAGCAGUACAUGUCAGUGGACGCCAUCUACUGGCACGAACUGUACGACUACAAGACCCUGGACUAUGACAUCAUGCUGAUGAAGCUGGCUCACCCUGUCACAGUGAACGAAUAUGUCAAGCCUAUUGCUCUGCCCAAAGCCUGCCCCAACCCUGGAGACAUGUGCAAGGUGACUGGAUGGGGAAACAUCUAUACUGAUUCAGGUGAGCCAUUUCAACUCCGGUGUGUGGAAGUCCCCAUUGUGUCUCAUAAGGACUGUGACGUCUCCUACCCUGGCCAGAUCACUGAGCGUAUGCUGUGCGCCGGAUAUCCGGAGGGAGGCAAAGAUGCUUGUCAGGGUGACUCCGGUGGUCCUCUGGUGUGUAAUGGUGUGCUGCAGGGUAUUGUCUCUUGGGGUUAUGGCUGCGCUCAGCCUAACUAUCCAGGUGUUUACACCAAAGUCUGCGCUCUGUUACCCUGGAUCAACGACAUCCUCGCCAGGUACAGCUAAGCUGCAAUCUCCGAUCACUGAACAACUAGAGAGAGGGCGAACGGGGAAGAAACUGAAGAAGAUGAAGAAGACAGAGAAAGGAGACAGCA